AUGUCUGGCAUCUUCGGCUAUAUCCACCAGCUGGUGGACCAGGCGUUCGCCUUCACUAAGCUCAUCCAGAAUCGCGAAGUGGGAUGGAUGACCGUCGACCGCAAGACAGGCGAAUACAAGCGCGAGAAGCAACCAUUGUGGAAGAAGUUCAAGCUGCUACUACUCUUUAACCCGUUGACAGAAUGGAUUGAUCAGACUCAUCUCAUCCGAAUGUAUACGCACGAGAAGAACCUCGCUGCAGGGCGCAAAGAAGGGAAACCCCAGUCCCACAAUCAAAUCAAAACCUUCAUCGACUUUUACCAAAUCGACAUGUCGAAGUUCGACCCAUCCGAUCCGGAGAAAUACGAGACAUUCGAGGACUUCUUCGUGCGGAAGCACGCCCCCGGCGCACGACCAAUUCAUGCACCGAACGACCCCACAAAGGCUGUCGUCGUUGCCGACUCACGAGUCGUCGUCUACCCAACUGUCGAAACUACUCGCAGGCUUUGGAUUAAGGGUUCCGAGUUCACCAUCCAAAAUCUCAUCAAAGACAAGGACCGUGCAAAGGCGUGGGACAACGGUGCGGUAGCAAGCUUCCGUCUGAGUCCCCAGGAUUACCACCGAUACCAUUCCCCUGUUGAGGGGAAGGUGAAGUGGUAUAAGCAGAUUCCCGGUGAUUACUUCCAGGUUGAUCCCGUGGCGCUGCAGAGUUCGGUCAACAUCCUGACGGAGAAUGCGCGUUGCUGUGUGUGCAUCGAGACUGAGGAUUUUGGGCUGGUUCUUUUCGUGGCUAUCGGUGCUACCGAUGUCGGGACCGUCGAUUUCAAUGAUGAAAUGAUGACUGCGGGACAUCAUGUGAAGAAAGGCGAUGAAAUUGGACUCUUCCAAUUUGGCGGCUCAAGUAUCCUAGUGGCUUUUGAGAGAGACCGGAUUCGAUUCGACGAGGACCUGGAGAAGUUGAGCCAUCAGCAGAUCAUGGUGGAUGUUGAGGUUGGUAUGAGCUUGGGGAGAGCAACGCAGAGAGGGCAUACUGCGACAAAUGUAGUUGCAGCAAGUCUUUAA